UUUAAGAAGCUCAGAAGAAGGAUUAUAUUUUUCCUUUUUUUGCCGUGCGCUGGAAAAAACUUUUUCCUUGUUUUCCAUCCGUCGUGUUCUAUUUUUUCUUCAACUUAAAGAACUCAGCUUCGCGUUGAGAAGAGUUGUUUCGGAACUUGCGUGAUCUGUGUUUAUUAUUGCUCGGUAGCGUGUGACUGAAAAAGUUGCGCAUCUUCAUCAAAGUUUUCAAGAAAGACGGCGUAUCGUCUAUAUUAAGUCUCAGGCUCUGUCCCGGCCAUGCUCGUGCCUCUCAUCAUAUUUUUUACUACCAUCACCUCCAAGACCACAGCCUCUGUCAGCACUGCCAUCGCUGAACUUCAACACCAGACCCUUCCAGCAGCAUGUCAUUCCUCCUCCGCUUCCACGAUCUGAUCGGAGGAAUCCACGUCCCAAUCGACGACGGCAUCGACAAGCUCAACCGCAAGUACACGCUGCUCAUCUUCCUCUUCCUGGCACUGCCCAUCUUCACCAAGCAGUAUAUCGGUGACCCCAUCGAGUGUUUCACGCCCACCUACUUCACGGAGAGUCAGUCGCGCUAUGUGAACAGCUACUGCUGGACCACCUCCACCUACUACCUCGUGACGGACGGUUCGACGGACGAUAUUGGAGAACCUGCCGAAAACACCCUUGAUCCCAAGACCUUAUCUGAUGAGAUAGACUAUAGUGCGGCCGUCGGAGAAGACGGGUCCAUAUCUGCUGAUAAACUCAGGAGGGUCAGGGUCACCUACUACCAGUGGUCACCCCUCAUCCUACUGGUCCAAGGGUGUUGUUUUCACUUACCCUUUGUUCUGUGGGGGGCAUGUGCACACAAUGCCGGGGUGAAGAUCCGUCGGCUUCUAAAGAGAGCAUCGGACAUCGCCAGCCUGCCACCUGGGUGCCAACAGAGGGAGGCUCUUCUGGCCGAGUUUGUGGACCAGUUCCAUACCAUGGUCAAUGGUAAUGUGGGAUGCUGCGCCGACCCCUCGUGCAGAAUUCCCAUCACAUGCCGAUGCGGGACUGGCCCGAGUCGAUAUCUGUGCCUCUUGUACCUGUUGGUGAAGAGCCUGUAUGUGCUUAACGUUUUUCUGCAGUUUCUGCUGCUAACAGCGUUUAUGGGAAGAGGUUACUUCAAGCACGGAGUAGAACUUUUCCGCAGAUUGGCUGCGGAUGGUGACUGGUGGAACUCGCCGCGCUUUCCCCUGCAGACUCUAUGCCAAGUAAGAGCUGCCAUCCAGGGAGGCCUCCGUACCUACAUCUGCCGCUGUGUUCUGCCCAUCAACGUCUUCAACGAGAAGAUCUUCUCCGUGGUAUGGUUCUUCCUGGCUUUCAUUCUUCCCCUCAACACUGUUAGCCUGGCCAUUUGGAUCUGGCGGAUCUUCCCAUGCAAUCGCCUGGCCUUCGUCCGCCUCACCCUGUGGAGGACACGCCUCUUCAGCCUCUCAGAGAUAUCCCGUGCCUCCAAGAAGGUGGAGACGAACUAUCUGGGCUGGGACGGAGUCUUCGUUCUUAGGCUCAUAGAGCACAACCACGGCAGCAAUCUUGCCACUGUCAUCCUGGGCAAGCUCUGGGAGUUCUACUCCAAUCAGAUGAAGGCCCAGGAAGAAGGGGCGGUAGACCUGGAGAUGGGCAGACCAGGAGAUAUGGGCAGCGUGACUUCAGUAGCACCAUCCACCUCCUGGCACUCGUGCCAUGCUGGUGCGUGCCAUUUGGGACACUUCACCCAGCAGCAGAAGAGAUCUGCUGCACCACCGCACAAUGGCUACUGGAGCAAGUGCUCAUGAUCU